AGUCAUUAAGCGACUAACACAUUUUCAUCAGAUUUCCUCUGAAGUAGGAAUAAUGUGUACUGCCAAGAAAUGUGGGAUUCGAUUCCAGCCUCCUGCUAUUAUCUUAAUCUAUGAGGGUGAAGUCAAGGGGAAAAGUCGCCAGCGGAUCAUGCCAGUACGAAACUUUUCAAAGUUCUCAGACUGCACCAGAGCUGCAGAGCAACUAAAAAAUAAUCCACGACAUAAGAAUUAUUUGGAAAAAGUAUCUCUGAGGCAGCUAGAGAAAUUAUUUUGUUUUUUAAGAGGUUACUUGAAGGGACAGACUUUGGCAGAAACGAUGGAACAAAUUCAGCGAGAAAGAACUAUUGAUCCUGAGGAAGACAUGAACAAACUAGAUGACAAGGAACUUGCUAAACGGAAGAGCAUCAUGGAUGAACUUUUUGAGAAAAAUCAGAAGAAGAAGGAUGAUCCAAAUUUUGUUUAUGACAUUGAAGUUGAGUUCCCACAGGACGAACUGCAGUCCUGCAGUUGGGACACAGAGUCAGCUGAUGAGUUCUGAUACUAAACACUGA